ACAAGCUUGCCGAAUGUACGCCGGCUGACAACGCGGUUCUGACGGGUCCAGCUAAGAGAGUCCACUUUACCUCAAACUCUUCACCGCUAUCAACUUUAAUUUAUCAGUGGGCUGUCCACAGACGACCAUGUCUCCUCCUCGGCUCACUGGAACCCUGCGCUCAUUUUCUACUGUCAGCAAACAGGAGGAUUUAACACAAGACAUAUAUGAUCUAAAGAGCAAGCGCCUGAAACGGCAGGAAAUAUUUGCCCAAGAUGGCCUGACAUGGCAGAAGAUAGUUCAGUUCUUCACCCAACAUCUGGAGAAGAAAGAUCAGCCUGCGGCCACUCAUGAGUUAAAGAAUAUUCUCCAAGCAGCCAAACAGAUCGUUGGUACAGAUUAUGGGCAGGACACCAUUGAAAGUGCGGGAGGCUUCUUGUUUAAAAUAUUCCACAACAAAGACCAGAUCGGUCACGAGGAAACCAGGGCCAUAAAACAGAUGUUUGGACCUUUUCCGGCCUCUGCCGCCGAGUUGUCUUAUGCAGCUGUGGGUCGUUUAGUGGCCCAGAUCGGACAAUCUCAGGUGGAUGCUUUCAUCCAAACACAGAGUUCUCUCAAGACGGUGAACCGUAGUUCUAUCUUUGGACGGAACAUUGCUUUCUCAUUUGACACAUAUGUGCUGGAUGCUCAGGAUCCUGUGCCCCGGUCAGAGGGGACUGAUACGGAGCAGGACAUGGACUUUCACAGCUUCCUCAAUAAUCACGUUGGUGAGCGGAAGGCUCGGGGUGACAGAGAUGAUGCUUACUCAGCAGAAGAACUGGAGCAGAGAAACGCAGACAGCUCCAUCCUGAGACAAGAGGUGGAGAAAUACCUGAAUGAGGGAAAUAUGCUAUCGUCCAGUGCCGAAGAGCUCUCCACCUCUCUUUUUGAGAUGCUUGCCUCCACAAAGAGUGAUGACGAACUACAAAAUGAGCUGUUUGAGCUUCUAGGUCCUCAGGGGUUUGAGAUGAUCUCCAAACUCCUUCAGAGAAGGUCAGACAUCGUGGACUCCCUGGUGUCCAUCCAGUUGGAUAGCAGACCUCACUUCAAUUCAGGACAGCUUAAAGGGAUGAGAGAUGAAUCCGCCAAGCCCACAUACGGCUGCCAGGUGACCAUCCAGUCCGAGCAGGAGAAGCACAUGAUGAAGAUUUACAGAAAAGAAGAGAAGAAGGAGAGGAAACGUGAGAAACGAGGAGAUGAAGGGGAUACCUGUGAAAACGCCUUUCAUUUUGACCCCAAGGAGCUGAGACUGCAGAGGGAGCAGGCCUUGCUGACGGCACGCCGUUCUCCAGUGUUAGGACGUCACAGAGAGUACGAACGCAUCCGUUACCCUCACGUUUAUGAUUCUUACACCGAAGCCAUCAAGACCUCAGCAUUCGUCGGAGGAGCCAAGAUGCUGCUGCCCGAGGGCAUCAGAAGAGAGAAUAAUAAGAUGUAUGAGGAGGUUGAGAUCCCCCCCAAUGAGCCUAUGCCCAUUGGCUUUGAGGAGAAACCUGUGUACAUCUCAGAGCUGGACGAGAUUGGCCAGUUGGUGUUCAAGGGCAUGAAGAGGUUGAACCGAAUUCAGUCUAUAGUGUUCGAGACUGCUUACAAUACCAAUGAAAACCUGCUUAUCUGCGCCCCCACCGGUGCCGGCAAAACCAACAUCGCCAUGCUCACCAUCAUACAUGAGAUCCGCCAGCACCUGCAGCCUGGGGGAGUCAUCCGCAAGGAUCAGUUUAAGAUUAUAUACGUGGCUCCGAUGAAGGCCCUGGCUGCUGAGAUGACUAAUUACUUCAGUAAGCGAUUGGAGCCUCUGGGCAUCGCUGUCAAGGAGCUGACGGGAGACAUGCAGCUGACCAAAGGAGAAAUCCUCCGCACUCAGAUGUUGGUGACGACUCCAGAGAAAUGGGAUGUGGUGACAAGGAAGAGUGUGGGGGAUGUGGCUUUGUCUCAGAUCGUCCGACUGCUCAUCCUGGAUGAAGUUCAUCUUCUUCAUGAGGAUAGAGGGCCUGUUCUGGAGAGCCUGGUGGCCCGGACUUUGCGUCAGGUGGAGUCGACCCAGAGCAUGAUUCGCAUACUUGGUCUCUCAGCAACUCUGCCAAAUUACUUGGAUGUGGUGUCUUUCCUGCAUGUGAACCCAUGCAUUGGAUUGUUCUACUUUGACGGUCGUUUCCGUCCUGUUCCACUUGGCCAGAGCUUUGUUGGCAUCAAGACUACAAAUAAGGUCCAGCAGCUGCAUGACAUGGAGGAGGUUUGUUAUGAGAAGGUCCUGAAGCAGAUCAGAGGGGGUCACCAGGUGAUGGUGUUUGUACAUGCCCGCAACUCCACCGUCCGCACCGCCAUGAGUCUGAUCGAGAUGGCCAAGAACCGGGGAGAGCUGUCGUUCUUUCAGGUCGACCAGGGUCCAGACUACGGCCAGUGUGAGAAACAGGUACAGCGCUCCAGAAACAAGCAGAUGAGGGAGAUGUUUCCAGACAGCUUUGGCAUCCAUCACGCCGGGAUGUUACGGCAGGACCGCACGCUCAUGGAGAACAUGUUUUCCAGAGGAUACUUGAAGGUUCUGGUGUGCACCGCCACGCUGGCCUGGGGUGUUAACUUACCCGCUCAUGCGGUCAUCAUUAAGGGCACUAAUAUAUAUGAUGCCAAGCGUGGUGCAUUAGUGGAUCUGGGCAUCCUGGACGUGAUGCAGAUUUUCGGUCGGGCUGGACGGCCACAGUUUGAUAAGUACGGAGAAGGAACCAUCAUCACGACCCAUGACAAGCUGAGCCAUUACCUGACGCUCCUGACUCAGCAGAACCCCAUCGAGAGCCAGUUCCAGCAGAGUCUCGCCGACAACCUCAACGCUGAGAUCGCUCUAGGGACGGUCACUAAUGUCGAUGAAGCCGUCCGGUGGCUGAGUUACACGUACCUGUACGUGCGAAUGAGAGCCAAUCCACUCGCUUACGGGAUCAGUCACAAGGCCUAUCAGAUGGAUCCGCAGUUGGAGCUCUACAGGAAGGAGUUAGUCGUGGAGUCCGGCAGGAAGCUGGAUAAGGCACGGAUGAUCCGUUUUGACGAGAGAACUGGUUAUUUUGCAUCCACAGACCUUGGCAGGACAGCCAGUCACUUCUACAUAAAGUACAACACCAUUGAGACAUUCAAUGAGCUUUUCAAUGCGCAGAAGACUGAAGCAGAUAUCCUGAGCAUUGUAUCAAAAGCUGAAGAAUUUGAGCAGGUCAAGGUUCGGGACGAGGAGCUGGAGGAACUGGAGAAGCUGUUGUGUAAUUUCUGCGAGCUGCCGGCGACCGGAGGAGUGGAGAACGGCUACGGCAAGAUAAACAUCCUUCUCCAGACGCACAUCGGCCGCGGGGAGGUGGACAGCUUCUCCCUCAUAUCUGACCUGUCUUAUGUAGCGCAGAAUGCUGCUCGUAUCGUGCGGGCUCUGUUUGAGAUCGCUCUGAGGAAGCGCUGGCCGGCCAUGACCUACCGCCUGCUGAACCUGUGUAAAGUGAUUGACAAGCGUCUGUGGGGCUGGGCCCACCCGCUGCGGCAGUUCAGCGCUCUGCCCCCUUCGGUGCUGUCCAGAAUGGAGGAGAGGAAUCUCACGGUGGACAAACUCAAAGACAUGGGCAAAGAUGAGAUCGGUCACAUGUUGCAUCACGUGAACAUCGGCCUGAAGGUGAAGCAGUGUGUUCAUCAGAUACCCGCCAUCCUGAUGGAGUCCAGCAUUCAGCCAAUCACACGCACUGUCCUGCGCGUUCGCCUCAGCAUCACCCCAGACUUCAGGUGGAAUGACCAGGUCCAUGGCUCAGUGGGAGAGCCCUGGUGGUUAUGGGUGGAGGAUCCGAUCAACGACCACAUCUACCACUCUGAGUACUUCCUUCUGCAUAAGAAACAGGAGCCCUAA